AGCACACGACUCUCACAGCAUGAAACUUGGGAUGUAACCGUCUGGUGGUUACGCAUGUGCUCGUGUCGGCCCAGUUAUAUGCUCCCGAGGAGAUUUGGAGAAAGUGAACUAUGUCGACAACAAGAUCGGAUAUUACCGACGACGGUAACUUCGACGGCGGCGACGAAGGAGGAGUAACAGAUCAAGAAGAGAAGAAAUUCGUUCUCCAAAUAAGUUUUGGUAAUGAUGUGAGAUACUUCAGGAUGAAAAGAAAGUGUUUGUUGAGUAGACUCAUGAAGUUGUACUGUGAGUCUAAAAAUCUUGAUUUUGAGAACGUCAUCUUCCUCUACAAUGGUCGUCGUCUACGUCCUGAACUCACACCUGAUGAUGUCGAUAUGGAAAACGGAGCUGCAAUCGAAGCAAUACUUGUUCGGUCAAUGUAGAAGAUUACUUCUAUUACUAGUUUUAUGUGGAUCUUUGUUAGUUGAACUUAGACUUAUUGAGGUGCUUUUUCAUGAGAAGUGAAUGAAAACAAAGACAAGAUUUGGUAUUAUUGACAGUGAUUUGUGUAGAGUUUGAGAAGAGAAACUAGACCUACAUUGUUUUCUUUUCAAGAUAUAUUUUUGAAGAAAUUUAGCCUCAAAGA